AUGUCAGCCAACCAAUGCGGUAGGAACAUUAUAUUCCCAGAUCCUGUCAUCUACGAGUCAUACUCUCUCUGUUCAACUCGAAUAUGCGUUUACGGAAAUUGUCCCAUGAACGAUGCCAUGAGCAAAUGUUGCACAACCCAAAGAAAACCAUUCCAAUGCUGGCAAUACUGCGCAGUCGAAGAGUCACAGUUUGACGCUUGGCAUAGUUGUGUUGCAGCAGAAUUAGGAUACACAGAGGAGCAACAUUGUCAAAGAGCGGAUCAGUCCCCUCUCUCCACGGCAACUUCGAUUCCGUGGUCAGUUGCACCGCCAACGCCGCCGUUGGGAUAUACACCGCCGCCGACGUAUACGACGACUUCGACGUUGAAGGCUCAGUUAUAUCCUCGAGUGGACGGUAGCAAAACUGCAAGCGCUACCUUGUCUUCAACUGUUGCUGCUGUUGUGGUCAAGAGCAGCUCGGCUGGCCCAGCUUCAUCGACUACCACUGCAAAGAGUGGAUCAAAAAAAGCAUUGGCGCUGUCUCUGGGUGGAAUGAUGACAAUUGCUUUACUCGAGAUCGAUCUCUCGACUCCCAUCGAUGACUACACCAGAUCAUCAUCCUCUGAUCGCGAAGAAGAAAUAUUCUUCCUUCUUGUCAAACCAGGACGCUCUGUAAUCGAAGAAGACGUUUUUGAAGAACUUAUUGACUUUCACCAAGAGACUCGUAGCCGCGACCAAUUUCUCCAGGAUGUCCGCGCCAUCCACUGGGUCAUCAGAUCCGAAAUCUCGAGUUAUUCAACCCGAUCGGUAAGGUUGGCUUCGCCGGUUUAUAAGUAUGGCGACCUAGCGAACGCUAUGGAAGAUAUUUCAGACGUGUGCCUGAGAAUUGCAGAGGCUUUUCCGCUUCAGGAGGGGAGAUUUGACUUAAAAUUAAACGGGCCUGGGUUGCAGGUUUUCGUGGGAUCAGGAAAGGAGAUGAGAGGGGAGCAUAAAGUGAAACUUCUGAGUGUACUUGGACUUUAUGAGAGGUCGUUAGAUACGAUUCAUCGAGAUGCUGAAGAUAAAACACCCCUUAUUCAAAAGGACGUUCCCUUUGGCUCAAUCAAAAAUGUUUCAGACUGGAUCAAAGAAAUCACCGACAGGAGAGUAUUCUUCGAGAAGUUUGAGUCGCAGACAGACCCCCCACGGUCGUAUGUUCUUCCUAAGCCCGCUGGAGACGUGCCAGAGCAUUACACACCGAUGUUUGAAUUCAACCAGCAUGAAGCAACAUUGGACCAUGUUGAAAUCCAACGAUGGAUCCAACUAUGUCUCACCAUCUUCAUCUGGACAGAUAAACCUCCGGACAAGGAAUGGGUACAUAUGCUCGCGAGUUACUUUGAGCCCCGCGAUUGCAAACCAUCCGUGAGGCCCACAAGCCUUCAGGAAAGCGAGACUGAUCAGUCUACUGAAAAGUACGACGCCGGCCAUGCAGAACCUGUCCAUUAUGCUGAGGCUCUUGAUAAUUUUCUCUUUCACCUCGGCUUCAAUGCCAGUGAGUCGAGCUACUUCGUCAAAGAGACGGAUACUGACUGUUCGGGUCGCUUUGUUCAUAGGUACGAUGGCACUCGCCGGUCCGAUUUACUCAUACAACCUAGGGAAGGGUAUCAACCCAUUGACGUGCGAGAGUGGUAG